GGAGCUGUGAACGAACGCCAUGCGGAUGUCGCCACCUUUAUCCUGCAUUCCUGAUUAGGCGCCUUCCACGAUAUCGGACUCGAGUACAUAAACCUCUGAGGCACGGACAGGAUAACAGCAAGUCAAGAAACAAGCCGAGCGACGACCUGAACCAACUUAUCAGAUCUCUACAAUGUCCAGCAGUGGCUCUGAUUUACCAGACGGCUAUGCUCUAGGGUCAUGGUGGUACUACGCUCCGAACAAAGGAGCGCCGAUUGCAUUCGCGUUGUUUUUCGCCAUCUCCGGCGUGUGGCAUAUUGUUCAAUGCGUCAGGUUCCACAGCUGGAGGGCAACUGGUUUCCUCCCGUGGGCGGCACUUCUCUUUGUGGCGGGAUUCAUCCUACGCGCUAUUGGGGCAUGGAACUAUACCAAUCUCCCACUCUUCAUCUCAAGCACCGUUAUGCUCUUGUGUGCUCCUCCCAUCUACGAGGCCGCAAACUUCUUUACUCUUGGUCGCAUUCUGUAUUACGUUCCCUACCACUCGCCUAUACAUCCGGGUCGUGUCGUUAUCACGUUUGGUGUCUUACAGGCUGUGGUGGAAGCCCUGAACGGAAAUGGUGGCUCCCGCGUUGCAAACUCCUCGGCCAGCCCUCAGGAGCAAAACGUCGGCAAGGCCAUCCUUAAAGCCGCCCUUAUUCUUCAACUGGCGUGUAUGGGGGCAUUUGCGCUACUGGCCGGUGUCUUCGAGCGUCGCUGCUACAAGGCUGGGUUGUUGCCGAAGAACCUUCGAAACGUCCUUCGGGUCCUCUACGUGUCAUGUAUUUUAAUCACCACCCGUACUGUUUACCGAACAGUUGAAUAUUUCGAAGACGCCACGAUCAGCUACACGGAUCCGACUAGCUUCCCGGAUGUCUUGAAACACGAAUGGUACUUCUGGGUCUUCGAAGCCACGUUGAUGUGUCUGAACACCUGGAUGCUCAACAUCUUCCAUCCCAGCCGUUUCCUUCCCCAUAACCUCAAGGUCUACCUCGCUCCGGACGGCGUGACUGAGAUUGAAGGUCAGGGAUUUCAAGACAAGAGGAACUUCUUCAUCACUAUCCUUGACCCGUUCGAUAUCUAUGGCCUCAUCAAGGGCCGCCACAGGAACGCCACUGUCUGGGAAGAGCAGCCUAAAGAACAGCCAAAUGCAAAUAAUAUGGAGCUCGGCGCGAUGGACAAGGAUCAGAUCCGUACUACCGACAGCAUAACUCCUCUCAAGGGGAACUAG